GCCCAAUAUUAGUUGAUGAAUCGGUAGGAGCACAUCUAUGUGUGGGAGAUAAAUGAUCAAAAAGACAAUAGCAAGCAGGAGUUCAAAUCUUCACCGACAAUCAUCACUAUGGAGCAAAUGCAAAGAUCUCCAAUCCCUAAAGCAAAUUCAUGCUUUGAUGAUCAUCAAUGGCUUCAACUCCAAUCGCAUUGCUCUCAGGGAGCUAAUAUAUGCUUCUGCUGUUACUUUCUCUGCAUCUAUACACUAUGCCCACAAGCUGUUUGCUCAAAUUACUCAACCAGAUCUCUUCAUGUGGAACACUGUGCUUAGAGGCUCAGCUCAGAGUCACAGGCCUUCUCUUGCUGUUUCCGUUUAUACCCACAUGGAAAAAGAUUCCAUACGUCCGGAUAGUUAUACUUUUCCGUUUCUACUCAAGGCAUGUACCAAGCUUUCUUGGCUUGUUUCUGGCCUUACCGUACAUGGAAAAAUUGUUAAACAUGGGUUUGAAUCUAAUAAAUUUGCGAGGAAUACCCUUAUAUAUUUUCACGCUAAUGUUGGAGAUAUAAGAAUAGCAGGCCAACUUUUUGAUGGUUCUGCUAAGAGGGACGUUGUUGCUUGGUCUGCUUUGACGGCUGGAUAUGCGAGAAGAGGGGAAUUGGAUGCGGCAAGGAGGCUUUUUGAUGAUAUGCCGGUUAAAGACUUGGUUUCUUGGAAUGUAAUGAUCACUGGGUAUGUGAAGCAAGGGAAGAUGGAUAAUGCGAGGGAGUUGUUUGAUAUUGUGCCAAAGAGGGAUGUUGUGACUUGGAAUGCCAUGAUUUCUGGAUAUGUGCUUUGUGGAGAAAAUGAGAAGGCUUUGAAAAUGUAUGAAGAGAUGAGAGGUGCAGGGGAAUACCCUGAUGAAGUCACCAUGUUGCACCUUUUAUCCGCUUGCACGGAUUCAGCAUUCUUGGAUGUUGGCGAGCAGAUACAUCGAUCAAUUAUUGAGAUGGGUGCAGGCGAGUUAAGCAUAUUUCUCGGUAAUGCACUUGUAGACAUGUAUGCUAGGUGUGGCAGCAUUAGGAAGGCACUUGAAGUGUUUCAAGGCAUGAGAGAGAAGGACGUGUCGUCUUGGAACAUAAUUAUAUUAGGAUUAGCUUUCCAUGGUCAUUCUGAAGAAUGUAUCUCUCUUUUUGAAGAUAUGAGGAGAAUGAAGUAUAUCCCUAAUGAAAUUACUUUUGUUGGUGUAUUAGUUGCUUGUAGUCACGCUGGUAAAGUUGAUGAUGGCCGAGAAUAUUUCAGCAUGAUGAGAACUGACUACAAUAUUGAGACAAACAUAAGGCACUAUGGUUGUAUGGUGGAUAUGCUAGCGCGUGCAGGACUAUUGAAUGAAGCGUUUGAAUUCAUAAACACGAUGGAGAUUAAACCAAAUGCUAUUAUAUGGAGAACACUGCUAGGAGCUUGUAAAGUUCAUUCCAAUGUCGAGCUGGGAAGGUAUGCUAAUGAGCAGUUGCUUGAAUUGGGAAGGGAAGACAGUGGGGACUAUGUCUUGCUGUCUAAUAUCUAUGCGUCGAGGGAUGAAUGGGAUGGUGUUGAAAGGGUGAGGAAGUUGAUGGAUGACAAUGGGGUUUGGAAAGAACCUGGUUGUACUUUAAUUGAGGCUGAUGAUUAUGAUGUCAAGAAUUUUUGUUUCGAUUCCAAGUGAGCAACCAAGCUUAAUGCCAAACUUUGUCCAUCCUCUGUGGGAGGGUACAAAGACGACGUCUUUGAUCCAACUCUUCCGUAUAUUCACAUCAUGAACCACUGUAGUUCAUUAGACGUGUAAAUUGCAAUUCGGAUUUGUGGUCAUUGUAUGCCUCAUUUAGACAUUUUGUUGUAGUCUUCCUUGGUGCACACAACAUUAAUUUAUAUUUGCAGCACCAAAUAAAAUUUAUAGCUUGAUAUAUGGUCCUAAGCUUUAUUUAGAAA